AAAUUUGUUGUGCAUGUGCGUCCGUCAUUCGAAUGCUGACAGAUACUGAAAUCAUUUAGAACAAUUAACAUUGCCUUUGAAGUCACAAACUUGUAACAAGUUUUAAUUAAUCAAUUAGCAAAUUAAUUAGUAAAUUAGUAUAUAAUUUAUUUAAAACGAGGGUGGCAUUUAUUCGAGGGCGGGGUCCAAUUAAUUUAUUAGUGUUAGCGCGCGUUCCGUGGGGUGCUUGCCAGUUCCAAGAUAGCGCGCUCUAAACUGAACGAGCAUAUAAUUGCUGCGGAGGUGAGUAACUAACCCGAUUAGCUAACGAGCUACGUCUCCUGUACUUUGGUCAUGCAGAAAACCUGAUUAGAGUCUAUUCUCUCGCAGAGGUGUGGCACGUCAUCCGCAAUCGGUGAAUCCAGACUCCAGUCGCUAGCACGCGCAGACAAUGGGAGACACGACGGAGCUUGCAACAGCCAUCUACAAGGAUUGUGGUGAAGGACAGGACAAGCAGCAGCUGCAGCUGCAGCAGCAAGUCCGUCAGUCGAGUUCUCUCACAAAUAUCGAGGUGAGUGAUGGCGUGGGAGGUGAUGCAACAGCCGUGCGUGCCGAUGAGGUCACGUGCAGUCGCCAGUCUGUGUUGACGUUUCAUGACGUUUCCUAUACGGUGCGUGUGAGAGAGAAGGGCUGCUCGUCGACCCUGAAAGCGAUUAUUAAGAACGUCAGUGGCGUUAUGCAUCCGGGAAUGAACGCAAUCAUGGGGCCAACCGGAAGUGGGAAAACGACAUUGAUGGAUAUUUUAGCUCAACGAGUCAAUAUCGGUCGUUUGGAUGGCGAAGUGCUGAUCAACAGCAAGCGGCUUCCUAGAAACUUCAACUAUAUGUCUGGCUACGUUGUGCAGGAUGAUAUUGUGAUGGGAACGUUGACAGUCAGAGAGAAUCUUUAUUUCUCGGCUUCGCUUCGUCUUCCUCGUACAAUGAGUAAAUCAGAGAAAGAGGCAAGAGUUGAUAUGGUAUUGGCUGAUCUUGGUCUUACAGAAGUGCAAAACUCAAAAAUUGGAAAUGAGUUCAUUCGUGGUGUGUCUGGUGGUGAGAGAAAGAGAACAAAUAUUGGCAUGGAGCUAAUUAUUCAGCCAAACAUUCUGUUUCUUGAUGAGCCAACGACUGGGCUUGAUGCCCACACAGCGGUCAACGUGAUGCAAUUACUGAGAGAUCUUGGUGCCAAAGGGAAAACUAUAGUGUUUGCUAUUCAUCAGCCUCGUUAUUCCAUCUUCAAGCUUUUUGACAGUCUCACUCUCUUGUCAAACGGGCAGACAGUCUAUCACGGAGAAGCAGCAGCGGCUCUUAACUAUUUAGAAGAAAAUGGUUUCCACUGCGAGGAACAUGAUAAUCCAGCUGAUUUCGUUUUGGAUACAGUACAGUCAAUUGCUGAAGGGGACGAAGACGGUGUAGCUCAAGGAAUCUCAUUGGCCAAUAGCUAUAGAGAUAGCCACUACUUUCAAAAAGUUAAAACAGAACUUGAUAGUGCAUUUGAAUUAUUGCAACAGUCGGGAGGAAGGACGGACGACAAGACUCCAUCCAGCACGUAUGCUAACAAUUUCUUUUUUCAGAUGUGGGUGUGUAUGAAGAGAGCGGCAACGAACGUCAUUCGAAGUCCUAUGCUGUCUAUUUUUCGCAUUGUUAUGAUGGUCGUGUUUGGUUUUAUCAUUGGACUCAUCUACUUCCAGUUGUCCAACAACAGCAAAGGCAUUCAAAACAGAGUCGGUGGUUUCUUUUUUAUCAUCAUCAAUUUGGUGUUCGGCAACAUGGGGACGAUUGAACUUUUCAUGAGUGAGAGAAGUCUGUAUAGACAUGAAGCAUCUAGUGGCUACUACCAUAUUUUUGCUUACUUUCUUGCUCGAGUACUUGUUGAUGUGGCACUUGUCAACAUUCUACCAUUUGUCUUAUUCUCUACUGUUGUAUAUUGGAUGAUGGGUUUUGUGAAUGACGCUGGGAAAUUCUUCUACUUCAUGCUAAUUGUGGUUUUUACUGCGUUGGCGGGUAAUGGUGCUACUUAUGCUGUUGGGACGGGUGUGAAGGUAUUUGCUGUGGGAUCACUGAUGACCGCUCUCAUCUACACAAUAAUGAUGAUAUUUGGCGGUUUGUUUCUAAAUCUACAGUCUAUUCCUAAUUGGCUUCGUUGGCUGCAAUGGCUCAGUAUUUUUCGUUAUUCACUGGAGGCCAUGAGUGUCAACGAACUAAAGGGUUCUCUAUUCUGUGAUGAUCAGUAUCGAGUCAAUGGAACUUGCUCCUUCAACAUUGCAAACCUCGGGUCAUGUCAGCCUGCUGUCAUAAACGGCACUGCUUACCUCAUUGAGCAAGACUUUGAUAUUGACAAUGCAAUGUGGUAUGAUCCGAUGGCUCUUGUGCUCUUCUUCAUUGGUUUCUGUUUCAUUGCUGCAUUGGAACUUCGAUUUUUGAGGAAGAACAGGUGAAAGGUACUAAAACAAUUGAGAGGUAGACGUUUGAAGCCUCAUAUGCAGAUAUGUCGCAGUCGUAUAACUUUCUUUACAUUUUCAUUGAUUGGCAUACACUUUUUGAAUAGCUAAUCUAAAGUGUUAGGUUGCAAGGUUGAUUGAGUGAUAAUUAUAUGUACACAUGUCUG